CCGGCGGCUGCGCGAGACGCCGGGGCCGGAGCCGGGACGGGUUCGGGUCCGGAGGGCGGCGAGGAUGGCGCGGGCGGCCUGCUGGGCCCUGGGCUGGCUGCUCCUCUGCUGCCGCCUGCCCGCCGCAGAGGCGGUGGCGGUGAUGUCGGUGGACGUGGGCAGCGAGUCGAUGAAGAUCGCCAUCGUGAAGCCCGGAGUGCCCAUGGAGAUCGUCCUCAACAAGGAGUCACGAAGGAAAACACCCGUGGCCGUGUCUUUGAAGGAGAACGAGCGUCUCUUCGGUGACAGUGCGCUGGGGAUGUCCAUAAGGACCCCCAAGGUGGCCUUCAGGUAUUUCCAGGAUCUGCUGGGGAAGCGUAUGGAUAACCCCCACGUCGCACUCUACCAGUCCCGCUUCCCGGAGCACGAACUGGUGAAGGAUGAGAAAAGGCAGACCGUUAUCUUCAAGCUGUCCCAGACGAUACAGUACUCUCCGGAGGAGAUGCUGGGGAUGGUGCUGAACUAUUCGCGUGGGCUGGCUGAGGAGUUUGCAGAGCAGCCCAUCAAGGACGCGGUGGUCACGGUCCCUGCCUACUUCAACCAGGCAGAGAGGAGGGCGGUGCUGCAGGCCGCCCGCAUGGCCGACCUGAAGGUGCUGCAGCUCAUCAACGACAACACCGCCGUGGCCCUCAACUACGGGGUGUUCAGGAGGAAGGACAUCAACGCCACUGCGCAGAACAUCAUGUUUUACGACAUGGGAGCAGGAAGCACCGUUUGUACUAUUGUUACGUAUCAGACAGUGAAAACUAAGGACUCGGGAACCCAACCUCAGUUGCAGAUCCAGGGCAUUGGGUUUGACCGUACUCUGGGAGGUUUAGAGAUGGAGCUGCGUCUCCGGGACUAUUUGGCAAAACUCUUCAAUGAUCAGCACCCUUCCAAAGAUGUCCGGAAGAACCCCCGGGCCAUGGCCAAACUCCUGAAGGAGGCCAACCGCCUGAAAACCGUCCUGAGCGCCAACGCGGACCACAUGGCACAGAUUGAGGGGCUCCUAGAUGACAUUGACUUCAAGGCCAAGGUCUCAAGGCAAGAAUUUGAGGAUUUGUGCUCAGACCUGUUCCGGCGAGUCCCAGGACCAGUGCAGCAGGCUCUGAGCAGCGCAGAGAUGACCCUGGAUGGAAUUGACCAGGUGAUUCUCGUUGGCGGUGCCACGCGGGUCCCCAAAGUGCAGGAGGUUUUGCUGAAAGCUGUGGGCAAAGAGGAACUGGGCAAGAACAUCAAUGCGGAUGAGGCUGCUGCCAUGGGUGCCGUCUACCAGGCUGCGGCGCUGAGCAAAGCCUUUAAGGUGAAGCCUUUUGUGGUUCGGGACGCCGCCGUGUUUCCCAUCCAGGUGGAGUUCACUCGUGAGGUGGAGGAGGAUGAUAAAUCCAAGAGCUUAAAGCACAACAAGAGGGUUUUGUUCCAGCGCAUGGCACCCUACCCCCAGCGCAAAGUUAUCACUUUCAACCGCUACACAGACGACUUCGAGUUCUACGUCAACUACGGAGACCUGUCCUUCCUGAGCCAGGACGACCUGCGGGUCUUUGGUUCUCUCAAUCUCACCACUGUGAGGCUGAAGGGAGUCGGGGACAGUUUCAAGAAGCACUCGGAUUAUGAAUCCAAAGGCAUCAAAGCUCACUUCAACAUGGAUGAGAGUGGAGUUCUGAGCCUUGACCGGGUGGAAUCUGUGUUUGAGACCCUGGUGGAAGACAAGCUGGAGGAGGAGUCAACGCUGACAAAACUUGGAAACACCAUCUCGAGCCUGUUUGGGGGCGGUGGCCCCAAGGCAGAAACGGGAGAGAACCUGACAGACUCGGUCCAGGAGGAAGAAGAGAGCCUGGCAGAACCAGGUAAAGAGGAGCAGGGGGAGAAACAAGAGCAGAAAAGCAGCACCGAAGAUGAAGAGCGAGGAGAAGAGAAGCAGCAGUCUGCGGGCCAGGCAGAAACUGCCCCUCCGAAAGGAGACUCCCAGAAAAAGGAAGAAGGCAAGAAGUCAGAGUCUCAGGAUCCCAAAGAAAACAGAGAAACUGCAAAAGAAGAAGAAUCGUCCAAAAGUUCCAGUGACAGCACAGCUACCAAAACGGAGGAAGAGAAGAAGAUCAAAGUGCCCAAGAAGCAGAAGCUUGUUCAUGAGAUCACCAUGGAGCUGGAUGUAAACGAUGUCCCUGACCUAUUGGAGGAGGAACUGAAGAGCUCCAUGAAAAAACUCCAAGACCUGACAGUCAGAGAUCUAGAGAAACAGGAAAGAGAAAAAUCAGCCAACAGCUUGGAGUCAUUCAUCUUUGAGACCCAGGACAAGCUUUAUCAGGAGGAGUAUCAGUUUGUCUCAACAGAGGAGCAGAGAGAAGAAAUUUCCAAAAAGCUCAGUGAGGCCUCCAGUUGGAUGGAGGAGGAGGGCUACGCAGCUGCGACGAAGGAGCUGAAAGACAAGCUUUCGGAACUGAAAAAGCUUUGUAGGAACCUCUUCUUCCGUGUGGAGGAAAGGAGAAAGUGGCCAGAACGCUUGGCUGCCCUGGAGAGUCUGCUCAACCACUCGACCAUCUUUCUCAAGGGCGCCCGAAUGAUUCCAGAGUCUGACCAGAUAUUCACAGAAGUGGAACUGAGUACACUGGAAAAAGCCAUCAAUGAGACAACGACCUGGAAAAAUGAGACACUGGCUGAGCAGAACAAGCUCUCUCCUACGGAGAAACCCAUCCUGCUCUCCAAGGACAUAGAGCUCAAGAUGGCAGCCCUGGACAGGGAAGUGCAGUAUCUUCUGAAUAAGGCCAAGUUUGCCAAACCCAAGCCCAAAAAGGAGAAGAACACCACAAAACCGGAGUCGGGCAAGAAUGGUACAGCCACCUCUGAGACCGAGAACACUAUCCCUCCCACGGAGGGGAAACAGGAAGGCAAACCCGAGGACGUCGGUCCAGUCAAGGAACCUCCUACAGCUGAGAAGGCAGCAACAGGUGAUGAGCCUGGAUCAGACUCUGGGUCCCAAAAAGAGAAGACGACAGAAGCUGGAGGAGAAAACAGGAAAAACGAUGAGUUAUAACAGCCCUGGAAUCCCACUAGUGUCAACAUCUAUUUAUUUCAUGGUUACAUUCUUGUUUUUAUGAUGGACCGGGUUAGUCACGGUGUACCUGGAACGCAGCAGCCUGGCAGCACAAUGGGAUAGAGAUGUACAUUUUAUUUUUUCUUUCGGAGGAUUUUGCCGCUACUAACUUAGUGAAUUG